AUGUUCAUCGUCGUCCUCAAGGGUGACCCACUCGUCAUCCAGAGGCUACUACACAAGUUUGCCGAGUUCGUCGCCGACAACGAGCCAGCCUCGCUACAUCUGCAGGAGGCUGCCUGCGAUUGCUGCCGGUGGCCGGUGGACGUGCUCUUCGAUGGGCGCGGCAAUAUGUACCUCCACACUGGUUGGGAGAAGUUCGCGCGCUACCACGACCUCGAAGCCGGCUGCGUGCUCACAUUCUCCUACCUUGGCGAGGGUGAUAUGAGCGUCAAGGUGUUCGACGAGACGCGAUGCCGCCGACACUACCAUGGCGACACCGAUGAGGAGGACGAUUGA